AUGUCAAAAUACAGUAAUUACAUUACCUGUUCAUGUUUAUCGAAGUUUUGUCGCAACUUUUUAUUUUUGACAUCACAACCUCCGAAAACAAGCACCGCGAGCUUUGGUGUUGAUACAGUUCGCCAUCAUGGUGGUUUCGGAGAUAUGACAGCACGCAUAGAAAAGGUUCUAGCGUCCAGGGAUCCUGCCUUGACAGAUGAGAAUGACUGGGAGGAGUUCACUUUAAACGAAGUCAAGGUCUACAUUCCUGGCAAGACGCGCUAUGCGAACAUCCUCUCUGCUUCAGAGGAUAACCCUUUAACGGUUACCGGCCAGCUGGAAGAAGUCGACGAAGGCCAGGAGUCUCUUGUUCUGGACGGUGACUACCUUCGAAAGCGUGUAAUCAUUCAAAAUGUGACACACUAUGCAUACGGACAAGAUGGUGAUGGCGGCGUUGGAAUUUGGGCAGCUAGUGAUGCGGGGUGGUUCUCGAUUUCUCCCGCGAAGGGUUACAAGCCUAUGUUCAACGAAGUUGUUGAGGCUGUUGAUCUUUUAUAUUUCCUAGUAGACCAAAACCAGCCUAAGAAACGAAAGGGGAAGAAAUGGAAGCCAACAUGGGAGUUUCUGUUGGAUGAGGUUCGUAACCUGCAAUCUCACCUGGACCAAUUCGGCAAUGUUAAACCGGAGAAAGACGGAGAAUCAGACAUGGCUCUAGAUGUCUCCUCUAGUAGAGAUAACACCGAAUCAGAGAAGUCACAGGCGAGCGCUAUAUUCGAGAUUAUCCUUGAGAUGAAAGAUGCUGGACUCUUGGCUCAAAGGAAACUGCAUCUGAAGAGCGUGGCUGAGGAACUGCUCAAGAAAUACGAGAUGAGCUCAUUAGAGGAUGCAAUCAACGUCGUAAAUUCAAGAGCGGGAUGCGUGAUAAAACUUAUGGAUGAGGCACAAAAUAUAUCCUCCGAUUGGCAUCGAAGAGCAAUAUAUCGGCAGCUGAAAGAAGCUGCAGAAGUUGAGAAUACUCCGGCAGAUUGCUCAACGCCUCUUCAACUCCGGCGGAACCUGAACGAGUCUGAAUCCAACUCGGAGUCAGAAGAAGAAGAAGAAAAAGAAGAAAGAGAAAAAGAAGAAGAAGAAGAGGUCUCUGUUAAGAAGAAUCGAAAGCGAAGAAACCGCAAAUCUAUCCUUCGCCCAAAAAUGAGCUCAGCAUCCGAAAAGGCAGGCAAACGGAAUCGGGAUUAUGCCUCUGUUGACUCUGACGAAGACAUGGAAGAUAUCCUUGUUGCAGAAGAUACGCCAACAAAAGGAGGACCGCAGUUGUUACAUGAACCACUCAAUGUGGAAGUAACCGAGAACCGUUACAUAUCUAAUUCUGAGCUGGAGCUCAACCAAGAUACCGAAAACGAUACCGUAUCCACCAACGGCCACGUCCCCUCAGAUACAUGGGUUUGCCCCGUGCCAGGCUGUGGUAAGCAAAUACCAAAAGCCACCUUGAAGAGAUCGAAAGAAGCAAUCGAUGACCAUAACCUUGUCCACGCGGAUGAUACCCAGUCAAAGCUUGAUUUGGUGUUUGCGGAACAGCGUCUCAAUGUAAACGUUUCGGUAAACCAUCUUCUGAGCCGUAUCCGUGAUUUGGGCGGCCCCGCGCUUCAAGACUAUCAUGUUGCAAAGCUCACACCAAUUUCUUGCGGAGAGCUCAACUGCUUUACAUGUCUACCAUACCAGCGAAGCGUCUAUGUGCUUGGCCUUUUUACAGCCAAGUCAGGGACCAAAGCUUAG